UCAACAAAAAGAGGAUGAUUGGCAGCAGUUAGCUCAGGGCUAAUCUUCCUCAAUAAGAAAAAAAGAAAACCAUGAAUAUUAUUGUAUGUGAUUUAUAUCUCACACACAAAAAAAAAAUCCAAGCAAAAUUGUUCCAAGAGGAUUGGCAUGCACCCUACCAUCCUCCUUUCAUAAAGCCCAAGUCACGCAAGAGGUACUUGUGCAGAAGCCAAACUCAUGGGAGGGAGACCUUCCUGUCAGAAUUGGAGCUAAUUAUUGACUAUAGAUCCUUUGUGUACCCAUACUUAUAGGGGAAUGGCCAACAUAAAUAGGUGGUACAUUCAUUUUCACAUAUAUAUAUAUACACACACACACACACAGACAUAAGCAUAUUCAAGUAGGUAAUACACAUGUACUCACACUGGCUAUGCUACCUGGUUUUGGCAUCGGUUGUAUUUGAAACUCAGCAAGCUCUGGCAUGACUGCUUACAGCCUUUGGUAUACUCCUGUUUAUCUACAUGACUAGAUUGCAAGAAAUACCAAGGAAAUUUUAUUGGAAGAAGAAUAUAGAAUAUUUAUUCUAAGCCUCUUUUAUCGUCCUUCAGUUUUACCUGGCCAAAUUUGUAUAGUAGUAUUUAUUUACUCUUAUAUUUUGGUUUGUAAAUUUAUUUAUUGAUUUCAAUGAAGUAAAAUGCAGGAUAAAGAUUUGUUGGUAGAAAUACAUUAUGUACAUUUUCAGUUUCAUACAAGUCCGCAGAAAACAAACAUUCGUGCAUAUGUGUAGCUGCUUUCGUACAUUUAAAAAAUUAGCCAAGCACCUAAUAAGCAGUUGCCAAUUUCAGAAAUUAAAAUGUUACUUUCUAUUUUAAAGAGAUGAAUUGUUUCCAUUUGGGGAGAGUUAAUAUUCUAGUGAUGUAAUCUAUCGAUGGCACUUUUUUAAAGAACUGCAGUCUUCAUUUGUCUCUAGAAGAUGACGUGCUUCUCUUGUUUAAUUAAAGGACUACUUGCACAAAUGUAGGUUAAGCUUUAAAAAGCACAGCUAAUUAAUUAAAUUCAGCGAAUCUCCCAAAGCAUAACGAAGGUUAUGUUAUUACCUGUCCAAGAUGGGCAAAUCCUAGAAAGACUCAAGAAUGCUUAAACUCUCUUGGGUUUGGGACACAAAGAGUAUUAUAAAUACUUAAUUUCUAAUUGUAGUAUCUUAUCCAUGUUCAGUAUAAUUAAAUUUACAAUGUUUAACUUCCUUCUUGAGGUUAGACAUAGUAAUUUUUUUAAUCAAAAUGUAAUUCAAGCAGAAAAAAGAUGAUUCCUCUAAGCCUACAAAGAGUUUUUCUUGCACAUACUAAUUUUCAUAGAGCAGUUGUCCCUGCAUGUAAUUUAAGAUUAAGCUGUUUAAUUAUAUGUAGUAAAAACAAUACAAGCAAAAUAUUUGAAGUAAAGCUUAAUUGUACUUGUAUUAUUUGCCUUCCUUACAUAUCUAAUAAAAUAAAUUAGAGUAAUUAUCACAUUUUAUUUUUAACUUGACACGUGAAGUUUAAGUUAUGCUAACCUUCUUACCUGGAAAAAAAAAUAAUAAAAGGUUUCCCUUUUGUUACUGUGUUGGGCCCUUCCUUACUCAAACAACUCAAGAUAAGGGAAUCCAUCUUUGAAAAAUGUUUUUCUACCAGUGAAAAUACAUUUAUAUUUUAUUAUUUUUCCACAUCACGAAGACUGUUGUUUGCUUUUGGAAAUAUUUUUGGUAUGAAAUAACGUGCUUUUAAUGAAUGGUGAGAGUCGAGAGGAUGGUUUCUACCUGCGUGUGAUAACUUCAUGGUAAACUUCAGAAGGCUGCUACUCUUCCUUUGCGAGCUUGGAUCACCGAUGAACUCAUCGUUGUAGGACAAUGGAAGAUGCAAGCCUCAGCCCUCUUGAGGCCUGUUGAGCAACUUAGCUAAGAAGGAGCAGGUGGUGUCUGAUGAUGCUUGUCUGCCGAUUGAGCUAGACUUUACACUGGAGCUGUAAAUGUUAUGUAUAUUAAGAAUUUCUAAGUGUGUUUAUUGAUAAUCUUCAGAAUUAAUUCUCCAAAAAUUUCCUUCAAUUUCUACUAAGUUUUAUUUCCUUUAAAGUAAUAUUACUGAGAAAAUGAUGUCACACUCAUACAUUUCUACAUCAUCUGUAACCCAUUUGCUUUUUCAAAAUUUGAUUUGUAUGCUAGAGUAGAGUAGAGAUCUGCAAAUUGUGGGCCAAAUCUAGCCCACUGCCUGUUUUUGUAAAUAAAGUUUAUUGGAACACAGCCACACCCAUUUGUUUACUUAUUGCCUGUGACUGCUUUUGCACAACCAAUGACAGAGCUGAGUAGUCUCAACAAAGACCAUAUGGCCUGCAAGGCCUGAAAUGUUUACUGUCUGGGCAUUUUCAUUAAAAGUUUGCUGACCCCUGUGCUAGAGUAUAAUCUAAGAUUGCUUUUUAAGAGCUAAAAGAAAUGCAGUCUGGUUUACCAACUGCCAGUUAGUUAUCACUGACUAGAUUUUGUUUUUAGUUUGACAUUUAAAAUUUUUAAAUUUCCACUGGAAAGAUAAAAUUGGAUAUGUUGGGUAAAGGAAGAGCAUCAAAUGAUUUCAAAUAUCCAGGUUUUCUUUCUCAAAUCUUCAUUUAUAGACAAUAUCGACAUUUAAACAUUUCUUUGAAUGUCAAAAAGCUGAUAAAAUUUGAAUAUGAUGAUUAUCAACUCGUUUGAAAGAGGUAUCCAAAAGAAAAUAUGUGAGAGUUGAGUGUUGUUGCUGAUGAAAUUGCACUGUAUCUUUUAAGAAGACAUUUUCUCCUGACCCCUAAAUGUCUUUAAAAAUGUGUGCCAAGAAUUCGUUAGAGCAGCAGACAACACACCCAAAAUACCGAGCUAGAGUUUCUAAAGCCGCCUGCUUCCCCAUCAUUUUUUCCUGAAAGGCUUAGUGUAUUUUCUUUUGAUUGCCAGUUCACAUUUGUCUGUUUUCUCAUCUUGGGAAAAAUGACGUUCACCAUCGCUCGCACUGCCUCACCCAAACUUCAGUCCCUAGACAGGGAGGAGACCUGGGAUCGGUCCUUCUUUCACGUUCCCCUGCCCAGCAAUUUCAUCCUGUUGUCUGAAGAUGAACUCUUUUGCAAGCUUUCCGACCUUGUCAUAGAAGGAAGUUCCUUCCACCCAGCUUUAAUAACACUGUAUAAACAACUCACCAUAGUUGCAAACAGUUCCACAUACAGCGUUUUCGUUAGUCAUGCAAACUGCAAAUAGCAGUGUGGAGAGGGAGGAGUUUAGUGUAUCAGUCAGUCUUCCUGAGUUGAGACUUGCCCACUGGCUGCCUCAAGUAUAUUUUUUCCAUCAAAUGUUUGCAGUCAUAGAGAGAACUUAGAGUUUAUGACACUUUAAGGACAAACAAAAUAGCAUUAAUAAGUGUCUGUUUUUGUUAUUGCCAUUUCCUAAAUGUAUUAGUAGGUGUGCAAUUUCAUUGGAUAUUCUUUUUUUUUUUUCAAUUGUCUUUGUACCUAUGAUUGAAAACGGUAGUUGGUCUAUGACUUUUGAGGAGAGGGAGAACCGGAGAUUACAGGAGGCCAGCAUGAGGUUGGAACAAGAGAAUGAUGACCUUGCCCAUGAACUUGUAACCAGCAAAAUUGCUCUACGGAAUGACUUGGAUCAGGCAGAAGACAAGGCAGACGUGUUGAAUAAGGAGCUCCUCUUGACCAAACAGAAGCUGGUGGAGACUGAAGAAGAGAAGAGGAAGCAAGAGGAAGAGACUGCUCAGCUGAAAGAAGUCUUCAGGAAACAGCUAGAGAAGGCGGAAUAUGAAAUAAAGAAGACGACAGCUAUCAUUGCCGAGUAUAAACAGAUCUGUUCGCAGUUAAGUACCAGACUGGAGAAACAGCAAGCAGCCAGCAAGGAGGAGCUGGAAGUGGUAAAGGGUAAAAUGAUGGCAUGUAAGCACUGCAGUGACAUUUUCAGCAAGGAGGGCACUUUGAAACCAGCGACCAUAACCAGAGAGGCCCCAAGGGUUGAAUCGGAUGAUGAGAAAGACUCACUGAAGAAGCAGCUGCGGGAGAUGGAGCUGGAGCUGGCGCAGACCAAACUGCAGCUGGUGGAGGCCAAGUGCAAAAUCCAGGAGCUUGAACAUCAGAGAGGAGCCCUGAUGAAUGAAAUCCAAGCUGCAAAAAACUCUUGGUUUAGCAAAACCCUGAACUCUAUCAAAACGGCCACGGGCACCCAGCCACUGCAGCUGCCACAGCCCACCCAGCCACCCAAGGAGAGCACAUAGUUCCAGCCUCACCCAAGCACAAGAGCACAAGGAUCAACGCGCCAGAAACCCAGGAGGAUUCCCCUGGCGGUCCCUUUGAAGGAAAGUAAAGGAGGCCAGAAAGCAAGCCAGAAUCUUUCAGUAGCUCUCACUCUUUCUUCUAUGACACUUUUCAAAGGGAUGUUAUUUAAACUGAUCUGAUUUGUGUUGAAUACCUGUUUUCGAGCUUCUUUGUGGAAGGCCAUGUUCAGAUCCAUCAUAGUAUUAUACAUUAUUUUUUAUGCCUGAUGUUUAGUUGGAAAUAAGUAAUUCAGAACUAAAUGCUUUUUAUUUAGAACUAAUUAUUCAUAAUUAUUUUUAUCUUACAUAAAAAUGGAGAUGUCUUUUAUUCCAAGGUUUAAGUGAUAGGAGGAUAUUUGUGACAGCAAAAAAAAAAAAAAAAAAAAAAAAGGAUUGAAACCUAAACCUCUUAACUUUUCAGGAUUUAUUUAGAUGAAGCACACUGUGGGGCUGGUCUCAACUGCUUCCAGGUUUCCUCCUGAAUGUGAUUCCCUGGAUAGCGAUAACCUGUCCAAAGGAAAGAACAGACCUGGGGUUGAACAGUCCCCAAGAGAGUUAGGUCAUUUUCAUUUUCUGUUGGGUACUUCUGGAAAUGAAGUGCCAAGAACCAUGGAAUAAGAUAGGCUAUUGAGAAUAUACACUAGAUAAAAGAAACUGAGAUUCUGAUAAACGCGGAAUAAAUCAUUUUAGUCCUGGUUUUCUAACAGGUCCUUUUAAGAACUCCACACAGGAAUGGCCAGUUCCUCAGUAUGAACACAGUUGUGACUUCUGACAAACGUAAUGUCAGAAGUGGAUAUUGUGAGUCGCAGCCUUAGGGAACCUUCACCAGAGAAGCCUAGAAGGGCCCAGGUUCAGCCAUUGUGUUUAGAAUGGAAUCCAGAACCAGGGACAGCAUAUGUCAUUUAAUGUUGGCAGAAACUUGCUAAGGAAACACUAACACUGUAACUUUGUUAAAGUUAGGAAAUGGGAAACUGACCUCAGCUUCACAUCACACUUUAAUGUUAGGCAACUUCUCCUGAUUUCUGUAGCUCCCUGAAAACGCGCCCUUUGUACCCCUAGAUGAAGAGAUGCAAAUGCAUUUGUAACAUUUUUGAGUGAAUAUAAAACCUUUAUAGAAAUACUUAUCUCAUGGAAAGGUAAAGCUAUUGUUUAAAAGUUGAUGGAAAUAUUUUUUUCAAUUAUAUUUAACAUAUCUAUAUGAAUAGUACUUGCAGGAAAUUCUUUGGUAAGGGUAAGACUAAUUUUCCCAUUUUCUAAGCUAUUUUGGAGGCCUUUGGUCCUUUUAUGCCACCAAACUACUGUCAGCUAUGUACAAUAACAUUCAUUGAUACUCAUCCUUGGCUUCAUUGUUGAACAUAUUCUUUGCAAAGGAUCUUAAACUCUGUAGUGCCAGAGUGAUCCUCGUCUGUGCCAUAUGUUGCAAUUGAAAGUAACCACACUCUUGGAAGUAAAAAUCAAGUAAGAGCCAUCUCAGCUCUAGGAGCAUGCACUACAAGUUGCUCAUGGUGGGUCCUUUUCUCUAAAAUGGUCAUUAAACUCUAAAAAGAGAAGUUCCCUUCAUCAGUGUUUAUAUCAUCUACAACCCAUGAAACUGAUAGGGUUGUUUGUUAUCCUUUGUUACAUUCAUUAAAUAAUACGUUUCUUACAUUAAUUCUUAUUUUUCCUGACAUCUUUCAUCAUAAUACUCAUUUCCUUUUACCAAAAAGGAAAAUAACCCAGCAUUCCAAGUGUCUGUGUUGACUUUAAUGUUCUAUACCUGAUAGUUUAGAAAAACUCGUGGGUUUUUUUGUAAAAUAUAAUGGCUAGAAAAUUGCAUCUUGGUACUUGUUUUGGUAAAUCAUUUAGUAUAAUUUGUUAGCUCUACUGGUACUUUUUGCUUUGAUUCCAAGAAGCCUUGUACAAGUUGCCUUAUCAAAUGGCCAGCUAAGUUAAAGAUAUUCUUUUGUUUUUUGUGAAUCUCAUAGUUCGACUGUACAGAGCUCUUAACUUCCAAACAUCAGUACAUUCCACAGAAUGCCUAAGUUGCAUAAUUUUCCUUGAAUGGUAGUUGAGGGAGAAAUAGAAUGGCUCCCAGUCCAGUUCUUACCAGUAGACCUGGCUCAAUUUCAUAGCUUCUUACGUUUUUUCUUAAACAAAGUCACCAGGUACAUACAUUCCAAACAUUUAAUAAAUCUGUCUCUUGUGUUUUCUUUUAACUCUCAAAAGAUUAUAGUGGCAAUUUAUGGAUUUUCUUUUCUUCUCCAAUUCCGUAUCAUUGCUGGGUAUGUGUAUUGGUACCGUAAGUCUAAACUGUCCCUCACUGCAAUGCCUUUGGGUCAGUAGCAAUAGUAAAGAUAGAAAGGAAAUUCAAAAUUUGGUAUACGAUAUGAUUACUUAUACAAUAUGUUAUAAUAGCUGUAUCUCAAACCACAUGUCCUUCACUGUGUAUUGUUUGAAAACUCAUGCAUCCCAGCAUUAACUGCUAAUUGCAAUUUCACUUAUUUUGAAAUAUAUUUAAGAACUACUACUUUUCUCUUGAUUUCUUUUAGAAAGAGAUCAACAAGCCCAAGUAUCCAGGAAAUUUUCACAUAUUCUACAGUGUUUUUCAUCUUUUCCUAGGAUUCUUUUUCUGAAACAUUCCUCCAAAAAUCCAACAUUUGCAACAUCUGAAAAGUGAUGAUUUCUCUUUUGAUCAAAUUCUGUGAAUAAAUUACAGGAAUGAAAUUCAACUUGAUCAUUCAGUUCAUUAGCUUUUGUAUCUUGAGAGUCUUGUUUAACACGUUCUUUACAGCUGAAAGAAACCAAGCUGAAUUUUGCAGUGCAUAUGUUUGCUAGCUUCCCACAUCCUGAGCCAUGGCACAAUUUGGUUAUAUUUAGUUACAUAUCAUUUAAUGCAAAGAAAUGCUCAGUUACCUAAUGUUCUGUGUAUGAGUGCCUAUCAGAAACACUGAAAGGAAUGUCAUAUAGGCCUAUGGCCUAUCUUUCCGUAUAACCAAUAUCUCUCUUCUCCUAGCUAUUAAGUUAGUAAUUUCUUCUUCAUUGGCUUUCUUAAAUUUCCAUAGUAAAGUAGAAAAGCAAUCUUUGUACUGAUGUUGGGAUAUUUAAUAAUAUUUACCUUAUUUGAUUUUUUCAAAUUUUUCAUUCUUUUAUACUAUGUAUUAAUAUUUUUCUGAAACCCCUACUCCAUUUUCCUAAAAUAUUCUCCAGUUAGUAACUAGUGGCUUCGUUUCCUAGCAAAAGUGAGAAAAACAAGAGAGUACACAGUUUAAGGCACAAGACAUGAGUUAGAUUCUUAAAGCAGUUGAUUAGUUAGGAUGAGAAUCACGUAUGUAACUAAUGUAAGGGAUUGAGUUUUCUUCAGCUGAAAUCAGUCUACUAUUCUGCUAAGUUGGUUGUCUGAUUUCAGGACCCCUUUAAGGGGAAAAGGAGCUUUUAAAAAAUUAAAUACCUUGUUUGCUUUCUCUCUCUGGAAAAGAACACAUUUAAUUACUUAGCAAGGUGAGUCUAUUGUGUAACUUACUCUUUAAAAAAACACUCUAAAAUAGCCCUGAUUCUCUUGCUUCAAUUUCGAGUAAGAGAGAGAAUGGACAAACUCUGUCGUCUGAUUUGAACACUGCUAGGUAUGUGUGUGCCUGUGAUUGGUAGACUUGUCCAGAGGGUGCUUGCCUCUCUUGUAGACCCAGGUACCAAAGAGCUGAAUACACACCUGGAGAUCAGAUACAGAAGGCCAGACAACAGCGUGGUAGCCUGUAUGUUUCCAACCACCAGAUAUGAAAAACUCUUCCCUCUAGUUGCCAUGCUGAUGGUCACAUGGAAGUAGAACUGCUCCAAAACAUCCUUCCUCUCUCACAGUGGCUUCCGUACAAUAGAGGCAAAGCCCGUGACCUUGGGAAUUUCCUUAUCUUUCAAAAACUACCAAAAUGAAUAUUUUAAGUCUGGGCUGCACCUCAAUAGGAGAUGUUGAUCUUGAGUUGUAAUGAAAAAGGUGGAUGUUUAUGAGUAGCUCAGUGACUGCAGUCAGCUGUCAGGCGGUCCCUUCUCAGCUUCCAUGUAAAAGUCUACAUGUCAAGGUUAUCUCCAAAUGAAUUUGCUACCUGCUAUAAAAACAUCUUCACCAACAUGUCCCAUUCUUCCCACCUCCAUCCCUGGUUCAUCAUUAGUGGUAUUUUGAAAACUUUAAGAAAAAAGAAUCAUUGAGUAGAAAAUGGACAUUUUAGGUUACUUUCCUUUUUCACUGGCAAUAAGUUAACAUGUAAAAUCUUUUCCAUUAAAGUGUAACUUUUAAUAACUAUGUUAUAUAUAGAAUAAACUAUAGGGAACUGAAUUACAAGGAUAUAAAUGCUUCAAGACUCUGGUGUCAUGAAAGCACAAGAAUAAAGCUGGAGAUGGUCCCAGAAUCCAAGAUGUCCCAAUAGCCUUUUGCAUCAGUUUCUCUGUUUUUGGUAUUUUGCAUAAUGUAUGGAUCCUUAGUUCAAAUGAGGGAAAGUUUCUCAGUCAGCUCCACAUCCUCUCUUUCAACUCCUACCUUUCCCUUGCUGAGGAGGUAGCAGAAAUUCUGUACCACCUAUUUUUAUGGAUUCUCUGAUUUUGCCCACAGCUACUCUAAUAAAAACAGGUUCUAGAAUAAAGGAGUUGAUUAGCCCAAACAGUGCUAAUUGACUAAAAAGGAAACUGUAGUGAGCAGCCUCUCUCCUCUAUAAACAUUGACCAAUUAGAUGUUUUCAUAAUUCCAUGUAUUAUGUAUAGUACAUUCUGUAAAUGUAAAUGUAAUGCUUGUUAAGAAAAGUGCAAUUUAUUGUACAUUGUCCCAACAAAUGUUUACUUUUAUAAUUGUUAUGAACUUGAAUUGGAUUAGUAUCUUGUUUUCAUGUGUGAAUGAAGCCUUGUAAAAUAAACAAAUGCAACCAAGAAGGUAACAAGGUGACUGUUAUUGUGAGCCAGUGAUGUUUUCAAUGCUUUGUGUUGCCCUUUUGGCCCCAUUAAGCAGUAAUAAACAUUUGUUCUGAAGUCCA